ACCGAUGCGGGGAAGUGUCUGCUUUUGGCCCUCCCUGUUACUCCACCCCAGGGCUCCACACACCCACACCUUGUUAUAAAUGGGAUCAGGUGGCUUUGUCAGAUGCGACCUGGACUCCUGGACAGAGGACUGAAAUGGAGUCCACCCUCCUCAAAGGUGGAGCAGACACUGCAGGUGUCCGGCCUGCAGCGGUGCCCUCUGGCAGUUCGCAGCCCCCGGCUGAGGUAGAAGGGCUUGCGGAGCUGGCCAAGACGCAGGGAGACAAGACUCAGACCGGAAAACCUGCAGGAACAGGAGAUGAGGAGUUGUAUUCACUCGACAGCUCUCCAGACAGUGAAGAUGAGGGUAUCGGCAAGAAAGAAAAGAAGAAAAAGAAGGUGAAAAAGAAGAAGAAGAAAAGCUCCAGCUCCUCCUCAUCAUCAUCUUCUUCAUCUUCAUCUUCCUCCAGUAGCUCCUCAGACAGUGAUAGUGAGGAUGAAAAGAAAAAGAAGAAGAAGAAAAAGGAGAAGGAAAAGAAGAAGAAAAAAGACAAGGAGAAAGAGUAUAUCCAUGACAGUGUCGUCAUAUCUCAGGCUGGUUCCAAUGGCCAAAUAAAACAUGCAGACGAUCUUUGUCAGGAUUUUAACUCAUCAGAUGACGAGGAUGACAAGAAGAAGGAAAAGAAGAAGAAGAAGGAAAAGAAGAAGAAGAAGGAAAAGAAGAAGAAAGAAUCUUCUUCCUCAUCAUCUGAUAGUUCAUCAUCUGACAGUGAGGACGAGAAGAAGAAGAAGAAGAAGAAGAAGAAGAAGAAGAAGAAGCAGAAGAAGAAGAAGCAGAAGAAGGAAUCCAGCUCCUCUUCUUCAGAUAGCUCUUCUUCAUCUUCUGACAGUGAAGAUGACAAGAAGAAGAAGAAGAAGAAAAAGAAGAAGAAGAAGCAGGACUCCAGCUCCUCGUCUUCUGAUAGCUCUUCUUCUUCAUCCUCUUCUGACAGCGAGGAUGACAAAAAGAAAAAGAAGAAGAAGAAAAAGGACAAGAAAAAGAAGAAGAAGAAGGAUUUUAGCUCUUCUGAUGAUAGCUCCUCUUCUUCCUCCGAUAGUGAUGAUGACAAGAAAAAGAAGAAGAAGAAAAAAGACAAGAAGAAGAAGAAGAAGAAGAAGGAUUCUUCUUCUUCAUCAAGCUCCUCAAGCAAUUCUUCUAGUGAUGAUGAUAAGAAGAAAAAGAAGAAGAAGAAGAAGGAUAAGAAGAAAAAGAAGAAGAAAGACAAGAAAAAGGAUUCCAGUUCCUCUUCGGGUUCUUCUUCCAGCAGUGAUGAUGACAAGAAGAAGAAAAAGGAGAAGAAGAAAGACAAGAAGAAGAAAGACAAAAAGAAGGACUCAAGCUCCAGUUCAGGGUCCUCUGGUAGUGACAGUGACAAGGAAAAUAAAAAGGAGGAGCGUGAGAACAAGGAGGAAAAGGACCACCUUGAUGGUGAGCAAAGCAGCGACCCUAAAACCAGCAUUUCAGCCUCAGGUGGUGGUGGACCUUCUGCCACUAGUGGCGGCAGCUCCAAGCCAAGUGAUGCUCCCAAAGUGUCUCUUACAUCUCCUGCCUUGAAGCUGAAUCCUGCGAGUUCUUCAGCUGCCACCAAGUCCUCCCUUGUAAUCAAACGUCCCAGCUACAUGGAGAGCCUGAUGGGCACCCCGAAGAAGACUGGAGACAGCACGACACACUCCACUAGUCACUUCACCUCAAAGGAUCUGCUGUCAGGGCCCAGACCUUACCAAUAUUAAGAUGUCAUAGAUCUUAAUAAUCAGUCAAAAUCUGGCCUACAUGACACUGGAAGCACUUCAGUGUAAUCAUGAUAUGCUUUAAUGAUGUUACCUUGGGUCAUGAUUUCAUUGGAAGAUCAGUAAAUUUUACAAAAUAAAUGCACUGCUUGAUUAAACAGGAUUCUGAGAAAAGAUUUGUGUUUUUAAAAUGGACAAGUUUACAAUUGGUGGAGGAAAUGUCAAUUUACGAUCACAGCAGGUUAAAGGUUUGAGAAAUAAAAGAGCAUGAAUUCAU